ACCGGACUGAACCAGGACUAGAGUAGGAUUACGGCACAUCAGAACUGGGUCUAAACCUGGUCUAAAGCAGGAAUUAAACAACGACAAAACCAGGUCUGGACCUGGUCUGAACCAGGGCACUGAACCACAUCUGGGCUGGUCCAAUCCAAGACUAAAGAGGGACUAAGAUGAAGCCCAUGUGGCCCCUGGUCCUGGUCCUGAUCUGGACUUUGGACUUGGUCUGUGGUGAAGAUCCUCCAGACGCCUGCUCCUCCAUGACAGUCCGCCUGCGGUCGUUCCGAAUCAUCACGUCUCCUUGUAACUUCACCACUCUGAGGGAGUCUCAGCUGGAUUCGGUCCAGUCCUGGUCCCUGGUCCUGGUCCUGCCCCUGGUCCAGAUCCUGGUCUUGGUCCUGGCUCUGCCCUCAAACCUCGUGGCUUUGUGGAUCUUGUUGUUUCGGUCCAAACGAACGGCAUCGACGUCUCUGUUGGUAACGUUGACCGUGUGUGACCUCAUGGUGCUGUUGGCGCUGCCGUUUCGCGCCGUGUACCACCUCUCUGGAAACCACUGGGUCCUGGGUGAGGCGCUGUGUCGCCUGGUGGUGGCGCUGUUCUACGGUAACAUGUACGGCUCGGUGCUGUGCCUGGCCUUUAUCGCGACUGAUCGCUACGUGGCGCUGGUGCACCCGUUCAGAGCUAAACUGUUUCGCUCGCGCCGCACGUCGCUGGUCAUGGUCCUGGGGGUGUGGCUAACGGUUGCCGCGGCGAUGCUGCCGUUGCUCCUGACACGUCAGACCUUUGACCUGGAUGAGCCGCGCAUCACCACGUGUCACGACGCGCUGCCGCAGAGCCAGGAGGAGGCGCUGUUCCUGCCGUACUUUUUGUGCUUGUUCUGCCUGUGCUUCGCAGUGCCGCUGGUCGUGGUUGUCUUCUGUCACGGGGCGAUUCUGCACACGCUGCUGCGUCAUGGCGAGCGUCACAACGGUGAACGCUAUCACAGCGAGCGUUACGGACGCGCAGUCAGGGCCACGGCACUAGUGCUGCUUGUAUUCGCUCUGAGCUUUAUCCCGAGUAACGUUCUACUGCUGCUGUCUCUGACAGAUGACAGCGAGGGGGCGGAGCCUGACCUCUACGCGCCGUAUAUGCUCAGUCUGGCUUUGAGCGCCGUCAACACACUCCUGGACCCGUUCAUCUACUACUACAUCUCCAGCGAUUUCAGGGACAAGGCACUCAACGCCAUCUGCUGCCGCCGCCACCGCACUGCAGUCUCAGCAGCGCCACGACAACCGACCAAACUCACGCUGCUGUCCCCGCCCACCAACCCCAGCGCAGACCCGCCCACGAACCAGAGCACAGACCCACCCACCAACCACAGCACAGAUGUCUGACCUGGGGGUGGGCUCAGAGGAGCCACUGAAGCAACAGCCAAUCACAGAGCAGGAAACUAGAGGAGCUGUGAUUCUACUGUCAUUUUAUUUUAAUGAAAAAUCUACAGUAAAGAAAACACUAUCGAAACAAAUGCACAAAUGUUUAAAUAAAGAUUUUAUGUUUCACCUGGAGCUGAGGUUCUGCUUUCA